AUGGCUGUGACCGGGUUAGGACGUAUAUUUGCGUUUGUUUUAUUAUUUGUACAUUUAAAUGACGCCCAGUUCACUGUUCCGGAGGUCAUAAUACAGGCGUUAAGACCGAAAGGAAUUCGUAUUUAUAUACCAGAUUCUCCGAAUGUAAGUUUGUUUGUGUUCCAAGGGAACAUUAAUAAAAAAAUUGGUGAAAAUGAUGUCGGUACUUUAUCAGCUGAGGUUACCAAACCUACGGACGGAAAGUGGCUCUAUGAAAAUCCGAGUUUGGAUUUAAAAGUUGGUGACGUCAUCAAUUACUACGUUUACGUGGUCAGCGAUAAAAAGGGUUAUCUUAAAGACAACCUAUCAUUCACAGUAAAAGCUCUCGAAAGCCCGUCUUCAAAUCCUGCGGCAGAUUGUAGGAAUACUCCAAGUGUUGUUCGAAAUGGAAAAGCUUGCGCCGGUCAAGUUUUGUUCGAGGACAAUUUUGACAGUUUAAGAGAAGAUUUGUGGCAAAUUGAGCAAUAUAUACCCGACGAGCCUGAUUUUCCUUUCGUUUCCUACCAGCGACCGCCCAAUGCACCAACAGUGGCCGUGGAAGGAGGGUAUCUCAAGAUUGAACCUAAAUUGCAACAAGAUCUGCCUGGAUACUCCAAUAAUUCAAUAUAUAUGGGAAAAUUGAAUCUUUUAAAUGGUUGUACAGCUAUUUCAUCGAAAUGUCAGAUUGAAGCAUGGGGCGCGAGUAUAAUACCACCGAUAGCCAGCGGUAAACUUAUAUCAAAGACUUUUGGAUUUACUUACGGCGUUGUUGAAGUCAGAGCAAAGUUACCUCAAGGGGACUGGAUUUAUCCAGAUAUUCUAAUCGAGUCGUUAUUCAAAAAAUAUGGAGUAACAAACUACGCGUCGGGCGUCAUAAGGAUUGCUGGUGCGUUGGGAAAUCAACAAUUAUCUGCUGGAAAUGUUGAAAUGGGGAACAAGGUUUUGUACGGUGGUCCAAUAAUGGACUUGAAGUGCCGCAAAAGUUUACUCAGCAAGAAAAACUCAAACAAGCCCUGGGGAGACGAUUUUCAUAUAUAUACUCUGCGUUGGGAACCAGAGAGGAUAACGUUAUUUGUGGACGGUGAAGAAUGGGGUCGCACGGAACCAGCCGCGAGUGGCCUGCGUGGAAAACUCGGACCUAAUUGUGAUGCACCACGAGCUGCAGCUACCGACCUAUCACCCUUCGAUGAUUAUUUCUUCCUUACAUUGGGUUUGACGACAGGCGGAGUUACUGAAUUCGAUGACGAAAUAACGUCUCAAGGAAUACCAAAACCGUGGAGAAACAGUGGUCGUAAGGCUAGUUUAAGAUUUUGGCAAGACAUGUCUUCUUGGCUUCCGACGUGGAGACAGCCGGCUCUACUCGUGGAUUACGUUAGAGUUACAGCUCUCUGA